AUGGUUAGCGUCCUUAUUCUAGCCGCGGCGGGAGCUGCGGUGGCCGUGCUUCUUCUGGCACUGCGGCUGUGGGUUGUGCUCCAUUCUCGGGUCCUUGUGCCCCGUCAGUCUCUCAGUCUCUUGGUGGUGGCUGGGUCCGGUGGGCACACCACUGAGAUCCUGAGGCUGCUUGAGCACCUGUCCAAUGCUUACUCUCCCAGACAUUAUAUCAUUGCUGAUACUGAUGAAAUGAGUGCCCAUAAAAUAAAUUCUUUUGAACGAAAUCGAGCUGAUAGAGACCCCAGUACCAUGUUUCCCGAAUACUUUAUUCACCGCAUUCCCAGAAGCCGGGAGGUUCAGCAGUCCUGGCUGUCCACAGUGCUCACCACUUUGUACUCUAUGUGGCUCUCCUUUCCCCUGACUCACCGAGUGAAGCCAGAUUUGGUGUUGUGUAAUGGACCAGGAACGUGUGUUCCUGUCUGCGUAUCUGCCCUUCUCCUUGGGAUACUAGGAAUAAAGAAAGUGAUCAUUGUCUAUGUUGAAAGCAUCUGCCGAGUAGAACAUUUAUCCCUGUCCGGAAAGAUUCUGUUUCACCUCUCCGAUUACUUCAUUGUUCAGUGGCCGGCUCUUAAGGAGAAGUAUCCCAAGUCGGUGUACCUCGGGCGAAUUGUCUGACAAAUG